AUGGGCAAGAUACAUCAACAUCUAUGUGCUUUUCAUGUUGUAGCCGAUGAACAUGACCGUCAAAUCGAAGCGCAUCAUUACUGCACCUGUGUCUCCUGUGACUUCCAUCAAUGCAUCAUAUAUGACAGUGACAAACCAAAUGCGCGAUUGAUUGGCAAGAAUCGAAUAUUUAAUCUCAGAGCAAAAGUUUAA